AUGGCUAACGUUUUGCUCCUCUCUGGUCUUACUACCGGCCGCUCCUCUGCCACCGUUGAAGUCCGCUUGCUCCGUUUUUGGGAGGCCAGAAACGUCCGUCAUGAUGGAGAACUCAUGGGAGUAGACAUGCUGUUGCUUGAUUCUCAGUCGACUAUGAUGCCUGCGACUGUUAAUGUCAACCGUCUUGCGGCGCACCAGCCUCACUGGAAGAGGGUUCUGUCUACUCCCUUACCGGUUUUGAAGUUCAACGACUCCACUUCGUUCAAGAAGGUGACUGAACCGGCUGUUCCAAUCCCUCUUGAAUCAUUCCGAUUCCGUAACCACAGUGAGAUGCUUGGUCUUGCAAACUCUAACAACCAGCUACCGGACCUUAUUGGAGAGAUAAAUGCUGUCAAGAGUACAGUUGCUGACCCUCCACAUGACAAGAACGGUGUUAUGGCAACCAUCAAGAUGGAAAAUGGCACUUCUGUGAUUAUGAGCCUCUUUGACGAUCAGUAG